AUGAAGAAGUCCUCUUUUGGUGGCAGACGGUCGUCGACCCUUGGUGGACGAAAUACUUUUGGAAGACAGAAUUCAUUUGAUGGGAACGAUAUAAGGUUUAAUUAAUCACCUAUAUAAUACUAAUGUAUACAAUAUUUUUGUUCAAUAAUAAUGUAAUUGUCUAUUAUUAUUUUUGGUAAAAAAAAAAGAUUGAGUCGAAUAGAAAAUCGUGGGGCAGAAAAAAAAUCGAUGCUUUUAAAACCAGGAUUUUCUGCUAAAAAAUCAGUUUCAUCUGAUAAUUUAUCUGCACACGAUCCAAAACAAUGGUCAUCAACAGUAAAAAAAUCAGCAAAUAAAACUAAACAGGCUUUAGUACGUUCAACCACAUCCAUAAAUAUGACCGGUUUUAAUUUAGUUGCCUCUACUCCAUGUGUUACGCCUGGAUUUAAUCCAAAUUUACCUGGGAUAAACUCUAGUUACAAGUAAUCAUAUUAUUUAUUAGGUUUUUUUUGUUUUAAUUAUUAAGUAUUCAAAAUACUAUUUAUCCCUCUAGGAAUCGUAGAUUAAGUACAGAAUCACGUUACAGUAGCCAUGGUGUUGUAAAUAAAAAUAGAAAAGAAGUACGUCCAUUAAGUGAAAAAGAAUUUCAACAAGCAGCUACAAAUCAAGUACAUUAUUAUAUAAUUAAAUAUUUGUCUUAGUUUUUUUUUGGUUUUAGGUGGGUACUUCUUUCUUUGUAAUGGGAUUAUAAUUUAUUUGGUUUUUAAAUUGUUAUAUAGUUAAACUUCUAAUUGUUUUUCCUGUUUUAAAUAAGUUAUGUAUUUAUCAAGUUUUAUGGCAUCUUUAUUUAUACUUUUUUUUUUCUUUGCCUUCAUCCCAAUUUUUCGGGAGUUGGCCAACAUCAUCCUAAAAUGUCACUUGAACCAGUCUUCCACUUUACAUUAACCUGUUCUCCAUAUUUCAUUCUUAUUUGCAUUCAAACCACCCCUUUUUGGUGUUCAUUCCCCCUCUUUCAUCCUACGUUAAUUUUAAUUAUAAUUCUUACUGCUUUCUAUAUUCUUUUCUCAUUAAAUGUCAAGUCCUCAGUCUAUUUGUUCUUAUUUUGCCAAUUUUCUAUGUACUCAUUCCUUAUUCUAUAUUCUCUUUCCCCUCCAUUCCACUCAUCCACCUAAGUAUUCUCUUUUUCACUAUGCUCAUUCUCUGUUCUAUUUUUCUGUUUACCGCCCAACACUCCGAACCAUAAAAUAUAGUUAGUCUCACUACAUAUUUGGAGAACUUAUGUUAAGUCUCAUUAGAAUUCUAUUUUUUUACAUAAAACAUUUGAUGCUUCUCUUAACUUCAUCCAACCACACUUAACCCUAUGUUUUGCACCUUUGUUAAAUCCACCAUUUUUAUGUACAAGAGAUCUUAGGUACUUACAACUAUUAACUUUGCCUAUUACAUCUCCACUUAUUUUUGUUAGCUAUUCUUUUUGGUUCUUUCAAAAAAUGGCCUAUUAAUAUACCAAAUAAACAAAAUUUGGUACCAGAUUCUUGUUCAUUUUUGUUGUAAGUAAUUAAACACUUAGUAUACUGGGUAUGAAACAUAAUAUUAAUCAAAAUUAAAUAUCCUCAAAUUUAGUAUUAAGAUAAUUAAAUAAAGUAGGUAACCAUUUUAAACCAAUAUAUAGAAACCCAGAAAUGUAUUAUACCUGAAGACUCAAUUAUUAAAUAGUUUCACAUUUUUUUUAUUUUUAAAUAUUUAAAAUAAGAUUUACAAUUAUAACUAGUUUUAUUUGUUACUUUAAUUAAUAUAUUAAUAAUUACUUAUUUUGUAGAUUCAAAAUUAUUUUUUAAAUGCUCCUAAUGCAAGUCAUAUUCUUAAUAAUAAUGGUAGUAUGAAGCCAAUGACAACUAAUAUGUUUACUGAUAUGUGUGAGUAUUUAUUACAUAAGCUAGAUCGCAAUCAAUUAUUAGAUAAAAGUAAAUAUGUGGAAGAAUUACCGAAAAUUAUGAAAAAGUAUUAUUAUAAAGGAAAAGUUGACAAAUCAUGGCUAAUUACUGGUAAGUGUAUGCACUUUAUAUAUAAUAUUUAUUGGUUAUGAAUCAAUAAAUUGAUUUGUUUAUUUUUAUUUUAGAACUUUAUUUAAGAAAUAUAUAUAGGUUAUACUUAUAAAUUACUUAUAAAUUAUAAUAAUUAAUUUUAUAAUUAGCUUAUAACUAGGUAUAUUUUUGCAUGUGUUAUUGUUUUAAAGUAAAUGCAAGUCAUUCAUUUCCACAAGUAGUUGGACUACUUCUUUGGUUAGUAGAGUUGUGUGAAACUCAAAAUAAUUUCAAUGUUAUGGAUGCAUUGUAUCCACCGAUAUUUGAUCAAGAUCCAGCUGAUGAUGGUGAAUAUGACCAGUAUGUAGAAUUUAAGGUAAAAUCAUUUUGUUUUAAAUUAAAAGUUUUAAAAACAGAUAUGUUUAAAACAUUUUUUUCACUUCACUUUUCUAUUGUAUAUAUACAAAAUACAGAUUUAUAUUUAAUGUAUGUGUACACACAUUGAUACAAACCUACAUCUUAUUUUAUAUUUUUUUUCGUAAUUUUUACAUUUAAUGUAUAUUAAAAUAUUUAAUGCUAAAUUCUGUGCAGAGCAAAAAAUAUAUUGAUUUUAUGAUUUAUUUAUUUUUCAUCUGAACAACUUUUCAAUCAGAAAUUUUGCUCUGAUUUUUAAAUGUAACACUCUUUUUGAAAGGAAUUUUUGACUGGGAUGGUACUUUAGGGAGGUCAUUUUUGGAUUUUAUCCAACUCAAAAGAUUUUAUAUUAAAUGGAAAAAAAACUUACAAAAACAGGAAAAUUCACGAAAUGCUUAUUAUUUUAAAAUCGUAAAUAUUAUGAUCUUUCAAAACAUGUAUAACCGAAUAAUUUUUUGCUAACAAUGAUUAAUCUUUGCUUACGGAUUUACUCUAAAUUUCCCCCCUACCUUCCCAACUUCUCACCUACAACAGUGGCCCACCCAUCAUGCGAGUAUGUCUAUUUGUUUUUUAAUUUUUAUUUUAGUCUGUAUAAAUGUAAUAAGUACAUUAAGUUCUCAAUAAAAUAAUUUCAAAUUUUAUUACUUAUAAACACUUACUAUUUUUAGAUGUAUUUUCCAUUUUUAUUAAAUUCUUAUCAAGUGGAAAGUAGAGGAACUGGUAAACAAGCAGACCAAGAAUUUUUACAAAAACAAGAAGAAUUCUUGUAUGAAAAUUACAGUGAGUAAAAACAUUAAAUAUCAAUGGUUCUCAACAAUCAGUUCUCUUACAUUAAGUAAUUUUAAUAAUAUUACACUAUUGAUUUUUAUUUUGUAUAGAAAACACUCUUGGCAUUGAUGAAGCGGCAUUAAGUAAAUUAAAGGCUGAAAUUGCUAAUUUUAAUGAAGAACUUGCUUCAUUAUCUGACACUACAGAAGAACAUAAGUUAGAGGUAAAAAUAAUUUUCUUUUUAUUUAAGGAUUUUUAAUUUAUUCAUAUAUAAAAUAUUCUUAUUGUUUAGUGACAUUAAUUGUUAUUGAUAAUACAUUUUUCAAAUGAAAGUCAAACAAAUUUAUACUUAAUAUUCAAUAACAACAAGUUUUAUUCAUAAUAUUAUAUUUAUAAAUGAUUAAUGUGUAUCAAUUCAUUCAUUAUAAAUAAAUUUACAAAGUCAAAAAUUGAGUAGUAAGCAAGUCAUUUUUUUAAAAAAAAUUUCCUUUGCACACACUUCAAUUUGAUAUUCAUAUUAAUCUUGUCCACUUUCCAUAUUUAUGUUUUUGAUAAAUAACUGGUUUAUAACCUCUUGUUCAGAUACUUAUUGAAAUCCAAUGAUUUUUAGUUAUAUAUUAUAACUAUUAAUCUCCUCUCCAAGUUGAAUUUCAUAAUAUAAAUUUUUCUUGUAAUUAUUAUUUUAAACACUGUCUGUGUUCCAAAUUCCAAAGCUCUAGUUUGAUUAAUAGUACCCUAGAUUUAUGAUGAUUUAUUAGUCAUUAAGUUAAUCAGAAUGUCUGCGUCUAAAAUUGUUAUUUUUGGACACUUGUAUCUUGAAAACUAUUCCACCUAGACUUACAAAAUUUGGAAUAUUGCUUCUUUAGUAACCUUAUCAGUUAAUCCUUCUGAAAAAAUUCCAGAUGUGUGAUGAUUAUUUGUAAUAUUUUUUUAAUAAUUUAAAUGGUUGUAUUAAUUCAGCAAGCACAAAUUCAAUCACAAUAUUAAAUAGUAUAUAAUAUAAAUAAAUAAAUAAAUAUAUAUAUAUAUAUAUCCGUUAAUACAUACAAAUUUAAAUAAUAUGAUAAUUAUAUUUUUAGGAAAUGAAAGCUAUGAAAAUAGGUUUACAAAAAGAAAUUGUGUGUAUGCAAAAAUAUAUUAAAGAUUUGCAUAUAUGUUUGGGAGAAGCAGAAGAACACAUAUCAAAGAAAACAGACGAACACAAUUUUCAAGGUAUUAAAUAUAAAAACAUUUAAAACUAUCAUUUUAAUUUAACAUUUAAUCAUUACUCCCUGAAGUGUAUGUUGCAGUGCCCUGGAAAACUACAGUGUUUUUACAAACACACUAUUUAUUUGGUCUAAAAAUACAUCAGCUGGUUUAUCCAUCUUAUUGGUUUAUUGUUAAUAAAUAAAUUACAUGUUAUAAUAAUUAUGAUAAUAGUAAUUUAUAAAUAUAUAAAAUAAAUGUGCUGAUUGUUUAAAUAAUCAUUGCAUAGCCCAAACCACAGAGUAUAUUGUCAAGUAUUUUAUUAUUUACAGACAAGUCCGUGUGAGAUCAGUUAGUAUUAUAAAUUAUAGUUAAUGAAUACAUUUGCUCAAUAAUUCACUUGUUUGACAUGGUUAUUAUAAUAUAUCUAUUAAAAUUUGUAUAGAUUUAAUUAUUUUAUCUCAUCUUUAUAAUGAAAGAUAAAAUGAAAAUUUAAAAAUAACUAAAUUUUAUCAUUCAUAGUAAAUAUUUUUGUAUAUUUGUAAACUAAACCUUAAAUUCAACCAAAUAGUUACAACCUUGGGAUAUGUGAAAUCAUUUGUUGCAAUAAAAUACAUGAAAAACAAACAGAUAUAAUACAUGUUAGUGGUGAGGCUUUUGAAUACGAGAACUUUACGUAUUAUCAAUUUUGACAUUAUUCAAGUAGGGAUUUUUUGAACACUGAUUUUCUUGAAUUUUAACUGGAACUUGUACAUAUAAGUUAUAAUAAUUUUAGAUUCUGAGCGGAGCAAGGAAUUUAUUGGUUUUACAAUGAUGUUUAUUUAUUUAUUUAUUCUGUGAAUAAAUUUUCUAUUAGAAAUUUUGCUCAAAUUUUCAAGUGGAACACCUAUUCUGAAAGGAAAUUUGACUGGGGUGGAAUUUUAAGGAAGUCAUUAUUUUUAUUUUCCUUGGGGUUUUUGUAAUAAAUGGGAACUGAACAAUUUACAAAAUGUAUUAUUUUCAGAUCAUAAAUAUUACUACCUACCUUUUAAAACAUAUAACCAAAUUCCACUCAGAAUCUUUUUUUGUUAGCAAUGAUAAAUUAUUCCGUACAGAUAUACAUUAAGUUUCCCCUCUAUCUUUUCCCAACUUCAUAAUUUGAAGACCAUUUCUUUCUAUUUUCUUUAAAUAAUACAUUUUUUAACUUUUUAAUCUAAUUAUUUUAUUAUUAAUUUAAAAUAAAAUAUUUUGUAGAAAAAGAAAUUGAAAACCUUCAGAAGGAAUUAAAUGUGGUCAAAGGUUGUAUAAAUGGUCAACAAAUUACUCAGGAAGAUAAAAAAAAUAUUGAAGAAGAAAUAAUUAGUUUGAGACAAGACAUACAGUAUGAAGAAAAUUGCUUAAAUGAGUACUCAAACAUAGUUUAUUCUGAGGACUUGAAUGUAGUUAAUUUUCGAGGAAAGGUUUGUAUUUAUUAUUAUUUAUUAUAAUAAACUUAUCAUAAAUUACAACAGAAAACCAUCUUCUAGAGGUUCUGAAACAUAUGUAAAAUUAUGUGUCUCUAUUUAAUUUUUUGUAUAUGUGUCCCAUCUUGAACAAUUAUGUAUUUUUGGGCAGUGCAUUAUAUGAUUUAAAUGUGUCUUCUCUUAGCUCUCUUCAAUAUUAAAUAGUUUUGAAUGAUUCUUGUUGUUAUUAUACAAAAUUUGCUACGCCAUAAUAUUUUGAAUGAUCACCAUACUACCACUCAUUGUAAUGUGCAUAUUAGUGUUCAGUGUUUAUGUUUAUGAUUACUGUUUUAUAUGUUCAAUGAAUAUGAAUGGGAGUAAAAUGUUGCCUAAUGAUAGUGCCAGGCUAAUAAUGACACAAUUUUAUAACACGGCCAUGAUAGGUGGUUUGUUUUAUCUGUAUGUAAGCACUGGACCAUAAUUUUUAUGAUACUCAUCAGUUUAUUUUAAUAAAUAUCAAUAUAUUUUUUUAAUGAUAUAUUAUUAUGUCUUACUAUUUAAAAAUUAUAUGUAAAACAAUAUUCAGUUUUCUAAAAUAAGAAUAUAAAUUUGUAAACUAUUCAUAUAUUUUAUUAAUCAUGGAAUCUUGUUACAAUCUAUAUAUUAACUGAACAUACUUUCACAUUUAUUUUGUUUAGCUAGACAAAUUAUUUGUGCAGUACAAUACAUUGUGUGCGGAAAAUAUGGUUGUUUUACCAGAGCUUGAGAAUGCAAUAGCUGAUAAGAAUGUCCUAACUAUACAUGUAAGAGAAUCUCUGAAAGAAGUUGACAAAUUAUUGAAAUGUUUAAAAAACCAAAAUGCUGAAAAACUGAAAGCAGCAGAACAAAAGGAAGCUUUUAUACAAUUAGAAAUAGAAUCGGUAAAUGAUUGACCAAAAAUAAUUUAUAAUUUGAAAUGUUGGUUGAUACAAUGUAUUAUUAUUUUAGGCGAAGUUGGAGUAUAAUAAUAUGAAGAGAACAGCUGAAAGUUUAGAACUUGAACGUGCUGCUGAUAAAAAAUGUUUAUUAGAAAUAACUGAUCGUCAAUUUGAGGUGAAUUAUAACAUGUUGAUAGAAUUAUUUUAGGCAAUUUUUAUAUUUGAGAGAUUUGUAACAUUUAUAUUUGUAUAAUUAUUUUACUAUUGUUGAUUUAUAAUUAAAAUAAUUACUUUAGAAAAAGAAAGAGUGGGAGAAUAAAUUGUAUGAACUUCAAGCGGAAAUUAAAAAUAUCCAUCUCGAUCCUACUGAAGUUGAAGUUCUUAUAGAAAAAAAAAAUAACACAUAUAAAUUGUAAGUAUUAUUUUAUAAUUAAAUUAUAAACUUAUAUUUAUUCUAAGUGAUUCAAUUGUGUUGUAUAUUUUUCAGAAUUAGUGAAAUAGAAAAGAAAAAAGAAUAUAUUUUAUUAAAAACAACCAAUGCUUUACAAAAUCAUGCAAAAACCUUGCAAGGGACAAAAGUGUUUGUUGAGGUAUAUUUACUUUACUUUGGUUAUAAUGCAACUACCCAAUUUUAUAAAUAUGAAAGGAUUAAGCAAAUUAAUUUUAGUACAGCAACCAGGCGAAGCCUUAAGACAAUAAAAAAAAAUAUAUAUAUAUAAUUACUUAUUUUUUAAUUUAUUGUACAUUUAUUAUGAACAUACUGAAAUAUUUCACUGUUAUUUUUGGACAUCAAUAAAUCAAUAUAUAUUUUUUGUUUUGUUGAGGAAUUUAAUUGGAAACAUUGGAAAAAAUGGAAGGCUACAAAUAAUUUUGAUUUUAAUUUAUUGUUAUAUCUGCUGUAGUUUUAUCAAUAAAAUCAUUAGAAUAUGAUACUUUAACCUGAAAAUACAAUAUAUAAAGUGAAGAUUAAAUUUCCUGAAUCUUAAUAUUUUUAUGUUCUAAUUCCCAUGAAAAAUAUGUAUAUUAUUAUUAUUAAUUUUUUUUUUUUUUUUUUUGGGGGGGGAUCUUAAAUUAGUAAUUGACUUUUGUUAAAAAUAUCACUAGGUAAACAUGAUACCAUCAGUUUCAGUGUUUCAGGGGUUAUCACUAGUACAUGCAGGAAUGUUAUUAACUAUAAUCAUGUUUAACCUGUUAAGUUGGGAAUUUAAAUGUUUUAAAUCAUAUUAACAUUUUAUAUUUAUUCUUAUAAUACCUAUUACAUUAUUUUUUGUUAAAUUUACAGAAUUUGUUUGUACAGCAACAGAAAAGUAUGGAAUCUAUUAAAACAAAUUAUUAUAAUUUAUAA